AUGGUUUUCACGAUCGCGAUAUAUUCCAUAGUACUGUUAUUGGCGACCAUCAGCCAGUCACUGGCAAAAAAUAUCUUGCCCCUGGGUUCAGCAAAACAAGAUGAGCCUCUCCCACCGAGUCAGGACCCGUUCUAUACACCCGACGAAGACUGGGAAGCAUCAGAACCAGGGACUAUACUAAAGACACGCAGUGUCACGAUCGGGUCGAUUAUAAAAUUGCCCACCCCUCUUCAGAGUGCUCACCAACUUCUCUACCGCACAACGAACGCUCAGAACCAACCUAGUUAUGCGGUAACAACGGUAUUGAUCCCGAUCAAUGCUCAAUUUGAUCGUCUGCUUUCCUACCAAGUGGCAUACGACAGCCCCAACCUCGAUUGUUCGCCAUCCUAUACGAUCCAGUUUGGUGCUCCGACAGCGGUCGAUGAUCCCGUCUUGGAGCUUUCCAUCUUGGCGGAACCCUUCAUGUUGGCGGGCAUACCUCUUAGCAUACCAGAUUACGAGGGCAUUGAAUCCUCCUAUACAGUCGGAACACAGGCAGCAUAUGGCGUCCUUGACUCGCUCCGCGCCGUUUUGAACUCCACAGAUAUCACCGGAAUCCAAUCUAAUGCCACGACUACUCUGUUCGGCUACUCCGGAGGCGCUUCAGCGUCGGAAUGGGCAGGAGAACUUCAGGCAUCGUAUGCGCCAGAUGUAAACAUAGCGGGCGCUGCAAUCGGUGGUCUUCCUGUCAACGCGACUCAAGCCUUUCCUACCAUUGAUGGAACCAGCAAUUCCGGUCUACUCGUGGGCGGUCUGAACGGCAUUGCUAAUGCUUUCCCUCCGAUCGCCGAGUAUAUCGAAGAGCAUCUCAAACCAGAGUUUAAGUCGGAGUUUGAUCUCGCAAUGACAAUGUGUGCAGCCAGCGUCUUCAACUCGAGUGAUGGCUAUGUUCCUCAACUGGCCGACAAGAAUAUCUCGGCGUUCUUUGACAAUGGUUGGGCUGUUGUCUCUGAAUUCGCGGAACUAUUGGAUACCGUCUGGGUGAUGGGCCAACACGGGGUCCCAGAGUUCCCAAUGUUUGUGUUCCAAGGAACAGCAGAUACCACAGUGGGUAGUCUUGGAAAUGCGACCGAUUUGGUACAACAGUAUUGUAAUGAUGGGGCUAUUAUACAUUAUGCACAGGUGGCUGGGGCUGACCAUAUUCCGGCGCUCUUCCGGGGAUACCCCAGGGCACAGUCGUUUUUGAUGGAUAUCUAUAACGGUGUUGUACCGGACAAAUCAACUUCUGUAUGUACAAACAUACUUCGUGGAUUCACACAGGAUAUUGAAUCGUCCAGUACCCCAGACAAGAUAAACCCACCUCAAGCAGUCCCCACCUUCGCAUACUAA